GGGUGGCGUGGUGAUCUACGACUACACGGAGACGGGAACAGGCGGGGACCGGCGCACCCCCGACGGAGGCGUCGUCACCUACUCCACCGACGACCGCGGCGGCGGCGUGUCCUACACCAUCGACGCCCAGGGCCGGAGGGUCUACACCACGGCCGACGGACAGAGAUACUACUACGACGAGCUGGGCAACCUCAUCUACAUCACGACUGCCACCAUCACCACCACGCAGCGUUACUACAUCGACGCGGACGGGAACCGGGUCUACAUCGGGGAGGACGGGCGGCACUACCGGACGGGCGCCGACGGCAGCCGCAUCUACAUCACAACAGGAACGGGCAGCACGACCACGACGGAACGUUUCAUUGUGGACGCGCAGGGCAACCGCAUCUACACAGGCGCAGACGGCAGAAGGUAUCGGUACGACGACCAGGGUAACAUAAUCUACAUCACAACGACUGGCGGCGGCACGGUCACCACCUCGGAGCGGUACAUCAUCGACUCUCAGGGCCAGCGGAUCUACACGGGCGCGGACGGGCGGCGCUACCGGUACGGGCCGGACGGCAACAUCAUCUAUAUCACAACAACGGGAGGUGGCGGCGGCACGAUC